AUGUCUCGCCCCUUAGGGGCUCCGGGUGAAUUCAUUUGCAUGAUGGACGCCCACUGGGACGUGCCUGCGCCACCGGCAGAAGGGCCGGCUUUCUUUGGCUUGGAAGAGAGGCAGCGCUUGCAAAACUCCCUGCACCCCUUUCUGAGGGAGGAAAUUUGGGACACUAACCCUUCCGCCAACGUUUACCAAGAAAUCCAAAAGGUCUUCAAACUUCUGGCGCGCCAGCGAACCAGAAACGACUGGGUCCAGGCAGCUCGCUGCCACCUGCUUAACGAGGCGUCCUACAGUGUGGGAAUCGGCCACCUGGAGGCAGGUUUCAGGGCUCCGGUGGAGGACAAGUCGUCCGAUGAGGUGGCCCUUCUGGACCUCUUGCAAGCCCAUAUGGGGGAUCUGCCAGCGGACGUCCAGACAGCGCUGCACAACCGGAACAAGGUUCCUGAUGUUCCACCAGAAGAGGCCGCCAAAACAGCCACGAACGAGCUAAAGGGGGCAUCCACCAAGCUGCGCUCCCUAGGCCACCGCAAAAUUCGUCUCCAAGCCAAGAUUGACGAAUCUAAGGCCGCUCUCAAGGCAUUGUAUGUCGAAAUGCAAAACUUGAUGCAAGAACUAAAGGCAGCUGAGGAAAAUAUGGAAACCCUUGCCAAGACGUUCCGGGACAAGGUACUCCAAGCGCCCGUUCAAGAGGAUGAUGAGGACUUUGAUGUGUCCGAGGUGCUUGGAAGCAUUGGUCUUUCCCUCGAUGAAGGCCAACUCAAGCAGGUACGGGAUGCCCAGGCCCAGCAUAAGCUUCAGCGAAGGCAGAAGGCUGCGGAGCAAUUGCUGGCCCAUGCUGGUUUCCCACCUGGACUUGGGGGAAGUCCUCCAGGUAUAGGGGGUCAGGCCAUUGCGGCCCAGUUGGAGGCCAUUGGGGUGAACUUGACCCCAGACCAAAAGAACAUGGUAAUCACUGGGCAGUGGCCUGGCGCCUCGCAGACAAUAGAUCUCAAAGUGGCCAUUGAGCAAGGAUGCCCCGACAUGGAAAUCGAGGACCUGGAACAAAGAAGAGAAGAGCUUGAAGUGCAGCUGGAGCACAAACGUCGCAAGCUGGCCACCCAAAGCGCCUCCCAGCCCACCUCCGUCAAAGAGGGGGGCAUGGAAAAAGGGGAGCGCAGCACUCCCGAGUCCCAGGCUGUUUUGACCACACCAUCCAAGCCAGGGACGGAGGAGGAGAUGGUGGAACUGGUGGACCGAAUGCCGGUCCGCCAGGGCUCUCUGGAAGAAUGGGCAGCUCACCAUGCACUGCAUCAACUUGCCACCCACAGCGUCAUGAUCGCGGUUGAAAAAGAUCGAAACUUCCGAUUCCUGAGAUCCUUUGGUGUCGAAGGUAAAGGGUAUGUUGCGGUGGUAGGUAGAACAGGGAAGAGGGACAUUGUUUUCAUUUCCGUCUACCUUGAAACCAGUGUAGGCCUCACGGGAGGACAUAACCCCACCAUUUUAGGUGAUCUUCUUGCCUUCAUUAAAGGCCUUACCAUUGAAUGGUUUGUGGCUGGGGAUUUCAAUAUCCCACCACAGGACAUGCUCGAAACCUCGAUUGAGUCCCUCCUUCGUGGGAAAGUGCUAGCCACCAACGAGCCCACCAUUAUGGGUGGCAAUGAAAUCGACUUUGCCAUUGCGAGCCACACCGUAUCAAAUGGGCUGGACAUCAAAGCAGAUUGGGACGUUCCCUUCAGGCCCUUCCGGAGACCUGUCGACGAUGAGCAGGCGCCAUUCCAAGGUCAUUUUACCAUGGUCUACCCCAGCCUCCUCCUAGAGCCGAGGGCGGAUGACGCCAUUACAGCUGGGUUCGCCGGUUUCACCCAGCGCGUUGAGGCGAGCCUCUAUCCCUCAGACAUAAGAGGUCUCCGCAUGGGCCUGAGCCCCAAACUUCAGCAGGUGGUCCAAUCCCACCUCUCCCAACUCCUUUACAAAUGGGAGAUGGGUGGUGCUAUGAAAUGCUCAGAGCAUUACCUCAUGAAGCCAUUCUUGAAUUGGCCAGCCUGGUCCGGCAAUGGGAAAUUGAGGAUAUUUUGCAAGGCGAGAUGGCAUCUUAUCACAGAGUGGGAGACUGGCAGCCGAUACAUAGAAGCGCAGGGGAGUCUGUCUCGCCCCAUCCGAGCGGCCAGAGGUCUCAUAGCAGGCUGCCCGCUUGCCCCUGCUCUUUCCAGAGUGGUGCUCCACGAUCCGAUCUCGAGGAUGUACUCUGCCCCCUCUGUACACCACAUCGAUUUGUGGGUUGACGAUUGCUCAGCAGAUGUUGUCGAUUCCCAUGCGCCGACAGUUGCUGCUCAGGCCAUCAAGUGUUACAGGGAGCUAAAAGCUGACCUCGAGAGUUUGCUUGCUGCGGCCCUGGGCCGACCCACGCUUGCCAGCACCGACUCAGCCCUUGAGUUCCACUCGAACAAAGUUGUAGACCCAACCUACACCAUCAUGUCACAACAUUUCAAGGCGGUGCGGCGGCUUCUUCUCAGCUGGCCUGACAGAGACGUUGGCAGAUUGCACCAGAGCUGGGACAAACUCGGGCAAUGGCUGAGUGAAGCUGAACAUCCCUGGAAAAGGGCGGCUGGACCGCUCGGGGCCGCCUGGUGCUACCUUCAAGAGCUGGGGUGGGAGGCGGUCAGCCUCAGCAAGUGGCGCGUUGAAGGCACGAUUCUUGACAUCCGUCAAGGACCUGACUUCCAUGCACUUCUCUUCCAGCUGAAGCAACUAAUUGACAAAAGGCGACACUGCCGCAUCGCUCAACUGGAUGGUGGCAAAGGACUAGAAACAGGCGCCGUCAAGGCGUCUCCCUGUGCAACCAGCCAGCCACCAGGAAGCAUGUUCUCUGGGAAUGCCAAUGGUGGAAAAGUGAGCAGCCGCCUAGAUGGUGGGAAGAUUACCCGGAGCAUCAAUCCACCGAGUGUCUUUGGAAUUUUGGACUCAUGCCCAACCUUCCCAGGGAGUUGCCUUCCAGAGAUUCCAUACUGGAAGUCCGGGGAGUCCUCCGCAAUCCCGACCAAAUCCCUGAAGGCGCCUUCGCAGCCACUGACGCCAGUGGUGGCCCCACCACUGACCAUCGGGGAGGCUAAGGCCAUCCAACAAGCGGCCCUUCUCCUUCCAGAGGGGACAGACGAAUGGAGGCGCUCCAUCAAUGCUGAUGUUGAUGCACUGGUGUCCAGACACGCCAAAGCUCUCUACAGCACUGAGCGUGCAGAAAGGCUGCAGAAAAAUGACAAAUUGGCUACCGAUGAAGAGCCUGCCAAUCCUCCCUCCAGCAGCUCCUCCUCAAGCCAAUCCGCCUUCUCCAAAAACCGCUGGAAGAAACGCCGGAGAACUCCGCGGGGCAAGCAAGCCUCCAUAGGCCAGGAUCCCACCGCCUUGAAUCCAGCGGAGGGCACCCCAAGGGGUGACGUUACAACAGCACGGCCCGAAGGAACAGGGAGCCUUAACAAGAAGCAAAUUUUGACAGGUUUGGUACAAGGCACCCUUGACACUAAAGGGCACACCUUUGCAGUCACCCGGGACACCGUUAACAAUUUGCAAAUCAAAUGUGAAAAUUGCGGUUUGUGGAUUCAACAAGUUGACACCAAAGACACCUUCAACCGGAAAAUCCAUAACCACUGCAAGGGUCAUCCGGACAGCGUGGGCGAGGUGUACACUGCACGCGUUCCCCCUAUGCCCAGGAGGUGGAGGCUAUCUGCUUGGAGAGGCCAAGGUGGCAAAGGCGCCGCCUCUCCAGACGACUCGCUGGAGUCGGAGCUUGACUCCUCGGUUGCCUCCUGUUUGACUGGCAUUGGGUCGGUGUCUGCCUUUCCCCCCUCGGCAGGUGGGGUUGGGCCUGGCUCAGGUUGGUGCCUCGGUGGGUCAGGUGAGGCUCUGCGAAGCUCCGUCGAGUGCGAAGACUGCGAGGGGGAUUCCGCAGCUGGUGCUUCUGCGUCGUUCCAACGGCUCCCAGGCUUGUGUGCCACUCAAACCAGGAUGGUGGGGACGGGGCAACUCACCAUCCGCGGCUUUAAGACUCUGGAGAUUGAGGUUUUGGAGGUUGAGCGUCUCACGCUGUUGCCAGACCAGCCUACCGACCUCCAGGUCUUGCACAUGUUCAUGGUCCUGACAGUGGCGUCCUGGGCCAGAGGCAUCGUCCUCACGGACCAUGCUAGCCCUCGGCGACUCGCCAUCGCCUUCAGGAAUGGCUUCUGCCUUAGUCUUCACUCACCCACCUUGGGGAGUAUGGGCCUACACGGUGCCCUGUGCGGUAGGCGAGCUGUAGCGAUCUUAACGGGACUCGAGGCCAGCCACCUCCUCGGAGGUUCGCAAGUCGCAAUGACGCGACAGUGGCAGUGGCAGCCCCAGGCCACGCCAAAGCGAAAAAUUUUGUACUGUGAUUGCGGCAACUGGAUCCAAAAGGACAGAGUCCAGCCCACCAGCAAAUGCUGGUAUUGCAAGACGCCCUGGAUGCCCGCCCCGAGUCCCAGACCCCCAAGGCAAGUGGUCUGGGAGUGGGACGAGCCAUGGCCCCCUCUGGGGGCGUACGCUAAGAAGAAGAGCCCAAAGCCCCCGAAGCCCAGCAUGCGCGAUGCAGUGUGGUCAGCCUGGAAGGACCUGCCGGACGAGGCACAAGCAGUCUUGACGAAGGCGGGAGUCAAGCCGCCGCCAGACAAGGAGGAGCCGGAGAGCCAGGAUGCUCUGCUGGAUUUACUCAAAGUCCACCAAGACUCCCUCCCGGCGGAGGUUAAGGCCUACGUUGAGUCUGUUGACAAGGCGGCUAUGCCGUCGGAUGAUGAGGCGGCACGGUCGACCACUUGGCUACCAAAAGCUAAGGUGCUGCUCGCGGACCUGGUGCAGACGCAAAAGCGAGUUGACGAGCUGAGCAAGAACUUCAGGGAUGCCAUGCUGGCCCCCCCUACCGAGCCAGCCGUCCCGGAACUCGACCUCACGGAGGUGCUCAAGGACCUUGGGGUCGCCUUAACUGAGGACCAAUCCACGCGUCUGGUUGAAAGAGUCCAGCAGCAUGAUAUCAAGCGAAGACGAGUGAGGGAGCCGUCUGACGUCUCCAUGGAAGACAAAGCGCCGGAGCGCGCGCAGGCGCCAUGCCUUUACACCUUCCGCAUGCUCCAGCGUUUCGGAGGUUUACUGACACAUCCAAUCCUGAAUGAAGCCUACGCUCUUGACCUGGCUGAAGAGAUUCACGGAGUGUAUCCGGAAUCUUCGGCUGAAUGGCAGCUGGCGUCGACAGGAGUUGCCAUUGCGGCGGGGGAUGACCCGUGCCUCGACCCUAAGUUGGCCGAGUGGGUCAGCCAGGACCUGUCGCACCUCCAUGUAAAGUCCUCUUUUCCAGUUGGCCCGAUCAAGAUCCUGUCUGCCAACGUCACGAGCUGGCGACAGGAAAUCCAAGAUUGGGCCACCCACCUUGAGCCGCAUGCCUUCUGCGUCCAGGAAACCCACCUCUUGGGCGACAAACUCCACCUUGCUAAGGUUAACGCUGAGAAAGCAGGGUGGCAGGCCACAGGGUUCGCAGGGUCACCUGGUGAAGGCACAGGUAUCCUUGGUGGGCACGGUGUCCUCACACCAGCAACAAUCCAAAGGAGAACCGGGCCCCAUCACCUCCAGGAUGGGCUCGGCUUCACUGGUGUCAUCCUCCACUUGCAGGGGAUUCACAUUGCAGUCUUCUCGGUCUACCUCCAAUCGGGAGGUUGCAUCAACACGGCCCCCAACAUAGGGAUUGUAGCCGCCCUGCUGGCUACGCUAGCGACGUGCACCACGCCGUGGAUUGUCACCCUCCUUGAGGAGGUUCCGUUUAAGCCUCACGCGGCCCUCGUUUUCACCAUCGAGGUUGCUCAUGGACGCCUCCCCCUACCCCAGCUCCAGUCCUUCCCGACGGUGGUCCAGGAUGAUGUAGCCCCGUACAGUAAGCGUGACGACCUCAAAGGAAAGGGGUGCAUCGGCCAUUGCCUCCUGGACGACGCAAAUGCUACAAGAGAGUUUGCGACGAUUACAGCCUCGGUGGAAUCGGCUCUCUUCCCACACACGAAGGUGACCGGGCGUGGCUGGAGCGUUGAGCUCUGUCACAAGCCAUUGGUUCCUAACGUGGAGAAACGGCCUUGGUUGGGAGUGGUCCAGGCCAGAUGGUCCAAGCUGGAAACCCUUGUGGCGCAAAGAGACCAAAGCGGCAGCGUUGUGCCGCGUGGGCGGCUUGAGACUCUGUUGCAAAAUAACUCAGAAGCCGACGAGCCAACCGUUGCCCUCAAUGAGGUUGGUAACCUGGUGUACACCCUCCUGCAGGAAGGAGGUGCCGACCAGCAAUGGGAGGAAGUCUCCGAGUUGAUCAAGAGGCACCUGCAGGAGGCCUCGCAAGAACAUCAGGAAAAGCGCACGAUGCAAUAUGAAAGUUGGCUAGAGCAGGCCCUCAAAGGUGGCAUGAGGCCUGUCUUCCGAGCCAUUCGAAAGCAUGAAGCGGUGGUGGAAAGGCCGUUUGAGGACCUGCCACCGUACGACCGGCUCCUAGCCAGAAGACAGUACUGGGCAAAGUUAUGGCAGGGCAGCUCGCACCACCAUGCCCAAAGGUGGCCUGAGCUGGAGGCCCGAGCCAGCCAAGCGGCACAGGAAACCACGCCGCUCACCCAGCACGACAUCCUCGCGGCCUGCCGGCGGAUCCCAGACAAAGCAGGCGGGCCAGAUGGCUGGUGCACGAACAUGCUCAAAUGCCUUCCGGAAGAAGCAGCGGGCGACCUCGCAGCCCUCUUUCGGGAGGUUGAGCUCACUGGCGCCAUGCCAUUGCAAUGGACAAUUAGUAGCAUCAUCCUCUUGGCCAAGAACUCGGAGGUUGAAAGGAUCUGGUGGGACUCGGCCAAAGCCGGUGUUUCAUGCAUCGACAUCGCAGUCAAGAGGGUCCUCCUCGCUGAGGUUUCCAAGCAUCACCACGAACAUAGAAUCACACUGUACAUCGACCUCGCAACUUUUUAUGAGACGAUUUCCCACGACAAACUCGUUCACUCCGCCUUGUCGUUGGGAUUCCCUCCCCAGCUCCUCCGCUUGGCCCUGGGGGCCUACACAGGAGGGAGGUUGCUGAUCAGCGGAGGAGUGGUCGCCCCCCCGGUGUACGCCCAGCGGGGGGUGCUAGCUGGUUGCCCGCUGGCACCAGCGUUGUCCAAAGCUGCGCUCUUCCCGGUCUGUGACCGCCUCACGCAGGAGGUACAGAUCACAGACAUGGACAUCUACAUCGACGACAUAAGCAUAGAUGUGCAAAGCGAGAGCCACACCAGCGCGGUCAAGGCGCUCCGCAGCCUCCGGCAGCACCUUGGUGACGAAGAGUUGGUGCUGUCCAGCACCAAGUCAUGUUUUGUAUGCUCCUCCCCUGAGAGCGAGAAAGCGCUGCGCGCCAGGCUUACGGAGGCCGACCCACCCAUCCUUCAGGUCACUAAGGAUUUGGGGCUGGACAGCGCGCAGGCGCGCAGGCGCCGAUUGCCUACCAUGAAAAAACGCAUCUCAAAGCCACCGGACGUCACCGAGCCCUCAGUAAAUUGA